AUGCUGGGCCGGGCGUUGGUUAUUUUCGCUUUAGCAGAAGCGGCGGCAGCGGUCAAUUCUGACAAAGCCUGGCUGGGAAAGCGCAGGGCACCUCUCCAA